AUGGUGUCGCUGAGGGAGCGUGGCCCCUCGCCCGGCGCGGCCGGGGACCUGGCGGCGCUGGCCGAGCUGGACGAGGCGGCGCUGCUGGCCGGGCUGCGGGAGCGCUUCCUGCAGCAGCACAUCUACACCGACGUCGGGGACAUCCUCAUCGCCAUGAACCCCUUCCAGCCGCUGCCGCUCUACGGGAGAGAGGUCUCCGAGCGGUACCGGCCCCUCCAGACCGACGCGCUGCCGCCCCACAUCUUCGCCGUGGCCAGCCGCGCCUACCACGCCAUGCUGGGCCGCGGGGGCGGCAGACCCCGCAACCAGUGCAUCCUCAUCAGUGGAGAGAGUGGUGCUGGGAAAACAGAGAGUACGAAGUUGUUGUUGCAGCACACAAUGUUCCUAUGCAAAGGCAACUCGCAGCUGGAGCAGCAGAUACUUCAGGUGAAUCCGUUACUUGAAGCUUUUGGCAAUGCCCAGACAGUGAUGAAUGACAACAGCAGCCGCUUUGGAAAAUAUAUACAGCUGCGUUUCCAGAAAAAUACUGUGCAAGGUGCAAAGCUGAGUGAGUACCUGUUAGAGAAGUCACGAGUGGUGCAGCAAGAUGCCGGGGAGAGGAAUUUCCACAUCUUCUACUACAUGUUUGCUGGACUGUCUUCAGAGCAGAAGGAGAUGUAUGGGUUAUUGGAUCCUUCACUCUACAGGUACAUAAGUGGACAGUUUGGUACACAGGAAGUAGAUGAACGCUGGAAGCAAAAAUACCAAGAGGUUUGCAAUGCCCUUGACAUGGUGGGCUUCCAAGAACAGGAGCAAGUGGACAUGCAGGCCAUCUUGGCUGGUGUGUUGUCUCUGGGCAAUGUGACCUUUGAGCCUGAGGAGAGCAAAGGGUCUGUAAAAGUCAGUGAAGCCUCCCAGGGAUGGCUCAAGGCUGCAGCGGGUCAGUUUGGAGUCCAGGAAGAUGAGCUGUUAAAAUGCCUGAUUUGUACAACGUCCAUGACCCGGGGCGAGCAGAUCCAGCGUUUUCACACCCAGCAGCAGGCAGAAGAUGCUCGGGACUCCAUUGCAAAGGUGGCCUAUGGCCGAGUGUUUGGCUGGAUUGUUUGCAAGAUCAAUGAGCUGCUGGCUGAGGAUGUGGAUCCUGAGGUGGAACUGAGAGAGAUAGGUCUCUUGGAUAUUUUUGGCUUUGAAAACUUUGCAGUGAAUCGUUUUGAACAGCUUUGCAUAAACUUGGCCAAUGAGCAGCUGCAGCAUUUCUUCAACCAUCAUAUAUUCCAGAUGGAGCAGGCUGCCUAUAAGGAAGAAGGGCUGCCUUGGGAGACCAUCACAUUCAACAAUAAUGAACCUAUUCUGAAUCUGCUCCUGGCCAAGCCACUUGGGCUGCUGUCUCUUCUGGAUGAGCAGAGUGCAUUCCCUCAGGCAACUGAUAAGACAUUUGUGGAUAAACUAAACAGCAGCUUUAAGGGGAAUUUACACUUCCAGCCAGCCCGAGGCCAUGUUUUGGGCUUCAGCAUCAUGCACUAUGCUGGGAAAGUACAAUACGCUGCCAGGGGCUUUCUAGAGAAGAACAGAGACACCUUGCCAGCCAAUAUCCAUGGGCUCUUCAUCAACAGCAUCACCCCCUUGCUCAGAGUGCUGUUCAGAGCCACCAUCUCCAGGACAGGGACCCUGAUGCCUCAUGUGAAAGCCAAGGACAUACCAGGAGCAAAUGACAAGUUCAACAGCACACGGAAACAGUCUGCUGGAGCUCAGUUCCGGCAUUCCCUGACGGUGCUCAUGGAGAGGAUGUAUUCUGCCAACCCACACUUUGUGCGCUGCAUAAAGCCCAACAGCCAGAAGGAGCCAGGUGUGCUGGACAGCCAGGUGGUGCUGCUGCAGGUCCAGAUUUUGCAAUCUUAG